AUGUCUUCUACUAUCCAAAUACCGAACCUAAAUUCCGGUAAUUCCCCCAAACAAGAGGAUUCGAACAGCUCUACUAACAACAUCCUAUCCAUAGGAACGGAUCAUCUGCAGUACCAGCCGCUAGAUCCUCCCGAAACUCAGUUCAGAGAAUUACAUCAGUUUUCGACGCGUCAGGCACAGAGCUUAAGUCAUUAUCCGACUCAGGCUUUUCAACCGCAAUACCACGUACCACCUCCUAAUCAACAACAACAACAGCAGCAGCCACAGCAACAGCAGCUACAUCAGCAACAACAGCAGCAGCAACAGAAGCAGCAGCAACAACAACUAGAGCAGCAACAACAAUUACAGCAGCAGCAGCAGCUACAACAACAACAACAACAACAACAACAACAACAACAGCAACAGCAGGCUUAUUAUCAACAGCCUUAUACGCAGUUCGCGAAUCAACCAAAUCAGCAUCUGCAGCAAGCUCAACAAAGGCAACCCCAGUACUCUAAUCAGCACUUACAGCAGAUUCAGCAACAGCCCAAUCCAGGAUCGGCCCCGCAAGAAUUUAACUACACACAAGGUAACUCGGGUCUUCAAGCAUUCAACCAACAACAGUUAUCAGAACUCAUGUACAACUCAUUUCUCUCCCACUUGGCUCAAAAGCAAGUAUCAAGCGCUUUAGGCAGUGCUCUAGGCACUGCUUCUCACAUUAACCCUGCUACGGCAGUCGCGGCUGGUUCCUCGUUCCUCACUCAACCAGUACAGAGGUACUUUCAUAACAACAUGAAUGCUUCACCUACUAUGAUGGAAGCUGCACAUCCGGCUAUGAUGCAACCAUCUCAGCAGAUCCAAUUGCAAAAUGCUCAACCUGUCGCCAAAAAGAUGUCUUCUACACAGAGCAGAAUCGAGAAGAGGAAACAGUUAAAGAAGCAAGGUCCAAAGAGGCCCUCAUCUGCCUAUUUCUUAUUUUCCAUGUCUAUCAGAAAUGAACUCCUCCAACAAUACCCCGAGGCUAAAGUACCGGAACUUUCCAAGUUAGCAUCAGCCAAGUGGAAAGAAUUGUCUGACGACGAAAAGAAACCAUUUUAUGAGGAGUUCAGGACCAAUUGGGAAAAAUAUAGAGUUUUGAGAGACGAAUAUGAAAAGACUCUACCCCCUAAGAGGCCUUCUGGACCCUUCAUUCAGUUUACUCAGGAAAUUAGACCUGUUGUGGUCAAGGAGAAUCCGGAUAAGAAUUUAAUUGAAGUGACCAAAAUGAUUGGUGAGAGAUGGCGCAAUCUUGAUCCAGCUACGAAGGCUGAGUACACUGAGAAUUACAAAAGAAGAUUAAAAGAAUGGGAAAGCUGUUAUCCAGAAGAGGCAGAAGAGAAGGAAUUUAAGAAAUGA